AAAAUUUGAUCUACAUCUAGAACUUGAAGCACAUACGGCAGCAGGCCAAGUUUCCAUGCACAGACAGAGGAAGCCCACGCUGAAAGGAAAACAAAGCAAACGGACGCGCGAGUCGGAAAAAAUAACAAGCCAACCAGAAGCCUCAUGCGAAGCCUGGUGUGAGGACUGAGGCCAACGUGAAAGUCCGCACCUGAUUGAGAGUUGAAACUCUCCCCGCGCCGGCCGGGGCGCUCCUCCGUUUCUCGUCUCUUUCGCGUCCGGUGAUCACCAUGCGGGUGCUAACCUUGUGUUAGGUUUCCAUUAAUUUCCCUCAAGUUACGUCGCCACCAUCCGAUAAGGAUCCAUGCACGCCACAUCGGCAGCUUCGUCUUUAACUGGCCAGCACCAGCGGCUGCUUACAUAUACUCGACGAAAUAAACAAACCAUAUCGAAGGAUCAAGAGGUAGCUAGGAGUGGACAAAAACUAGUGCGAGGGGAAGGACGUGUGCACGGAGUCACACUGGCAUAGCCGACGAGUCCUUGCCUACUCACCCGUCGCCCGCUGUCUCGCCGACGCGACCGAUGGACCUGGCACGGUACGCCGCUUGCCACCGGCAGUGGAUCGCCGGACAGGAGGUGGGCCUCGCCGAGCUCGUGGCGGCGGCGGCCAGCGCCGCCGCGGGGCGCACCACGGACGAGGAGCUGAGCGCGGUGGUGGAGCGGUGCAUGCGCGGGUACGAGGAGUACGCCACCAGCCGGCGCGCGAUGGCGCGGGAGGACGGCGCGGCCUUCUUCGCCCCGCCGUGGUGCACGGCGUUCGAGAACGCCGUGCUCUGGCUCGGGGGCUGCCGUCCGUCGCUGACCGUCCGGCUCCUCUACUCCCUCUGCGGCGAAGGCCUGGAGGCGCACAUCGAGGAGCUCGUCGGCGGCCGCGGCCGCGGCGAGGGAACGGGCAUGGGCCUCCUCGGGAUCAAGCCCGCGCAGCUGGACCAGAUCAACGACCUCCACCACCGGACGCUGCGGGAGGAAGGUUUGCUGACGGAUCGGCUGGCGACUCUGCAGGAGGACAUCGCCGACCGGCCGCUGCUCCCGAUCGUCCGGGAGCGCGAGCGCGCCGCAGCGGCAGCGGCGGCAGCAUUAGCAGCCCGACACGUGGGCGCUAACAGCAACGGCCUGCCGGGGCGGCUCGAGGCAGGGGGGUCGUUCGGAGGAGUGGACGCCGAGGUGGACGCGGCGAUGGAGAGCUACAGAGCCGGGCUGGCCAAGCUCCUGGAGGAAGCGGACGAGCUGCGGCUGUCGACUGCCAGGGCGCUUGCCACGCAGAUCCUGACGCCGCGGCAGGCGGUGGAGAUGCUGGUGGCGGGCAAGCAGCUGCACCUGUCGGUGCGCGACUGGAGCCGCCGGCAGCAGCGCGAGCAGAACGCGCGCCUGCCUCGCGCAUCGACGAGCACCUCCUCCGGCGCAAACCCAUGACAGAGACAGACAGGCUCGCCAUUCCUCGCCUGGCUGCUCGAUCUGCUGCUUCAAGUGUACAUACUCUGAAUAAUUUGUCAUGUACAGUCUGCAUCUUGGUUUCUGCCAUUAUAUAACCUGUACAAAC